UGCUCUGGAGUCUGGAAGUAAACAGUUGGAGUGCCUGUUGACAGCCCAAAAGCCUUAUUUAGUCCAGUCACCCCCCUGGAACUCUGAAGCUGGACUAGGGGGUGGGAAAGGAAGCAGAUAAAAGGCAAGUGAAAGAAAGGAGGAGGGGCAGGCUCUGACCCAGCCAGCCCUGUGCUCUCUUCCUGCCUAGCCUGGGCCAGUCUCCAGGAGCCCAAUGGCCAACUAUGAAUUUAGCCAGGUGUCUGGGGACAGACCUGGCUGCCGCCUCUCUAGGAAAGCCCAGAUCGGUCUCGGAGUGGGUCUCCUGGUCCUGAUCGCCUCGGUAGUGAUCGUGGUCAUAGUUCUGUGGCCACGCUCACCCCUGGUGUGGAAUGGGAAGCCUACCACGAAGCACUUUUCUGACAUCUUCCUGGGACGCUGUCUCAUCUACACUCAAAUCCUCCGGCCGGAGUUGAGAGAUCAGGACUGCAACAAGAUACUGAAUACAUUCAAAAGAGCAUUUGUUUCCAAGAAUCCUUGCAACAUCACAACAGAAGAUUAUGCACCACUUGUUAAAUUGGUCACUCAAACCAUACCAUGUAACAAGACUCUCUUUUGGAGCAAAUCCAAACACCUGGCCCAUCAGUAUACUUGGAUCCAGGGGAAGUUGUUCACUCUGGAGGACACGCUGCUGGGCUACAUUGCUGAUGAUCUGAGGUGGUGUGGAGACCCCGGUACUUCUGAUAUGAACUAUGACUCUUGCCCACAUUGGAGUGAAAACUGUCCCAACAACCCUGUUACUGUGUUCUGGAAAGUGGUUUCCCAAAAGUUUGCAGAAGAUGCCUGUGGUGUGGUCCAAGUGAUGCUCAACGGGUCCCUCAGUGAGCCAUUUUACAAAAACAGCACCUUUGGAAGUGUGGAAGUCUUUAAUUUGGACCCAAAGAAGGUUCAUAAACUACAGGCCUGGGUGAUGCACAACAUUGAAGAAGCUUCCAGGUAUGUUAUUGCUUUUUAGUGGAGUGAUAGUCUAUGAAUCAGCA